GGCGGAGCUAGGGCACCGGGCGCCUCUCCCUGUCAGUGCGGGGUGCGGAGGCAGCUGCGCAAGGCCCGGCCUUGGCGCCGAUCGAGGCGAUGGCCCCGCUGAAGCUGCUGAUGGUUGGGGACAGCGCGGUGGGGAAGUCCAGUCUCUUGCUGAGAUUCACCGAUGACACGUUUGAGCCGUACUUGAACCCCACGAUAGGCGUUGAUUUUAAAGUUAAGAAAAUGGUGGUUGAUGGCAAUCCAAUGCAACUUGCAAUAUGGGAUACAGCGGGACAGGAACGGUUUAGAACACUGACUCCCAGUUAUUACCGAGGAGCUCAAGGUGUUAUUUUAGUGUAUGAUGUCACGAGAAAAGACACUUUCACAAAACUAAUGACCUGGCUGAACGAGCUGGAGACGUAUGCUACGCGGAGCAACGUUGUAAAAAUGUUAGUUGGCAAUAAAAUUGACAAGCCAGAUCGUGAGAUAAACAAAACAGAGGGACUCCAGUUCGCUAGGAAACACUCAAUGCUCUUUAUAGAGACCAGUGCUAAAACACGGGAUGGAGUACAAUGUGCCUUCGAGGAAGUGGUCAUAAAGAUCCUACAGACUCCAGGACUUUGGGAUAAAGACAAACAAAAGUGCGGAGUCCAGUUGGAGACUGUAACACACACAGAGGAAGACUUUUGUGGUGGAUACUGUACACUUACUUAAAUUCAUAGAGGCCUGUUCCAUCUGACCAGCUGGACUUUCAGGCAUGUUGCUAAGGGCUUUCAAAGACACAAACCAACUUCCAUUCUGGACACGUGAUUUAUGCUAUGGGGCCAACCCAGAUGGGUUAGCUGCAUACAUUUAUGAGUUUGUUUCAACACACCUGCCUGGUUUUAAAAUAAUAGAUUUGAUGAUUACUAUAUUGUCAAAAAUGGAAUGGAUAUUUAUUUGCAUGAAUCAUGGUGCCUCUUGCUCCGACAUUCUUUGCUCAAAAGCGGUUGUUGCGCUUUUGUACUCUUCUUACCCUCUUAUCUUCCCCUGUGUGUGACAUACAAUUUGAUACUGAAAUUUUGAACUUGCACUAAAAUAAGACUAUAGUGUUAGAUAGCAGCAGAGUGUUAUUCGUCAGAGGGCUAAUACUAGAGCCAAGCUGUCCAACCCACAGUCUUUAUUGAAAACCUUUCAAUUGCUACAGUAAGCGUGCGAGGUCCUCAGGCAGCCAAGUUCCCUUGAAGUGUUGAAAAGACACUUCCCAUGCUGCAAUCUGGGAUAAUCACUGAUUCUGCGUCCCUGGUUCAGGUGCUUUUAUGUGUGGGGACUUCCUCCAAGACCUUUUCCACUGGGCUUAUCCAGAACAUUUCAUCCAGUUCUCUCGGAUCCAAAAACUCAGUUUAACUCCAGCUCAUCAUUCAGGUUACUUCAUUAGGCAUGGAACAGUUCUAUACCCACACUAGCUAGGCCUAGAUGCCGGUGGUUUAGAUACAGGGUGACAUCACAAUUGCAAAUGAUAUUACACACUACACAUUUUUCUAGCUACUAACAUCUAUACUUUUUAAAUGUAAUUGGUUUGGACAUCAUACGGAUCACGUAAGGACCAGUUGCUCUGCAGAUUGUGUAGGGCCCAAUCACUUAUGUCCUCACCUUAGCUACAUUUUAAGCUCAUCAGUUCAAAGUAUUCCCACUUACCUCAGCUAGUCCCAAAACACUGUCUCCAGAAGACAGCCUGUCAUACCCUUGUUUUACAGUUUAACCUUGCACUCAAAUUGAACUAUA